AGUUGAGUUCUGAAAUUAGCUUUGAUAAGUUGGAAAUAUCUUCCGAGUGAUUAAAUAUUUCUUAAUCUGUUUAAAUCAAAAGUUUCUUGUGAGAAUAAAAAAUAUAAUAAAAUGAAAUUUGUGAGAUUUUUUAACGUUUGCUUGCUUGCAUCGUGUUUAUUGUUGUUGUGUUUGAAAGAAUCUCAUUCACAAUUGACAUUCACGCCAUCAUGGGGUAAAAGAAGUUUAACUCAAACAGGCCAAACAAUGUUUAACGAUGCAACAAACUUGAAUCCGCCACAAUCUAUCACUUGCAAUCCUAAGAUGGACUCGAUGCUGUUGAUCUAUCGUCUCAUUCAAAAUGAAGCUCAAAAGAUGCUUGAAUGCAACAGUCAACAGAAAUAAGCCAUUAAAGUCAUGUAAAUUAUUACCAACCAACUUCCACAUCCCUUGCGUUUUAUUGUGACUGUUCACAAAAUGAAAAUAACUUAAUUAUAAGCAAACAUUUAUCCUAUAUUUAACACAAAACACUUGUUGAAUGAAUUAAGUAAAUAAAUAAGAAAUAUUGGCAGUGA